CAGUCUUUUGCACGUUGGUCUUGGAAACUCGAAGAUGCAAAUCGUAGAUCUGUGGGAUCAUGGUCGAAAUCUGCUGUUGUAUUGUUUGACCCCUGUUCUGGUGGGGGAACACAUUCUGAGCUGAGCAAGAUCUUUGUUGUCCCAUCUCCUGCAGCUGGACUUCGCGGCUUGCUAUCCGCCAGUAGAAGAGGCGAAAGUGAAAAUAGCGGCAGUCUCGCGCCUUCACUCGGCUGAAGGAAGGACUCGAGCCCGGGGAGCAUCACUUCGCGCUUGCCUCACUACUUCCUCCUCUGUAAACAAAACGUCGCCGUCUUUGCUUUCCAACUCCAGAACAAAAAUGUGCUGGCCGUGCACAGAGACAGUCUGGUUGGAGUCGUCGCCGCCGCCGCCGCGCCGCAGAAGACGCACUCGGAAAUUGACAAUCGAACGCGAAUUGCGCACGUCCCACGCGAGAGCGGUAAGUGUCUUGCCUCAUUUUUGCCACUCCAGCACCCUCACUUGCACGAUACAAACACAAACACCUCCAUGAACCAACCUCUUCCCCUCUUCACGCGACAACAAGUCAACCGCCAACUUCCUCUUCCACCCCAACCCGUCUUCACCCACCGUCAUCAACGAAGCGCAUCCACCAUGUCUGCCACCGGCGACAGCGAGUACGAGCAUUGGCCGUCCGACAAGAAGUACUACACCCAGCCGGCCAAGCCCGCUCCAGGCUUCGAUGGCAACAACGGCUAUCACUCCCACUCGUACCUCAUGCCCAAGGAGAAAUCUCGCUCGCCAGCUCGCGCUGACUCCAAGUCCCCUCAACCACCCGUCGUCUCUUACCCACAGCCCAUCUACUACGGCUACCCAACUCCGCAGAUGGCUCACCCAGGCGCACAGCAGUACUAUUCGCACCCUGUGCCAAUCUACACCGCUCCACAGGGCUACUACCAGCCGUACCCAAUGCCAGCUCCGGCCGGCGCUCCAAUGCCUGGCGCGCCAGGCGGCCACUACUACAUCCCAGUCGGCGAAGCGCCCAAGGCAGCAGAGCCGGGUCCGACGACCAACGCCUGGAUCGGUCGCACUAAAGCCCAAGUCGAUGAGGACAACAUGAAGAUGGCCAAGGCCGAGAAGGUCUACGAGCCGCGCGAGUUCGUGCCGAAGAUGGACGACAGUCAGAUGUGCUGGGUCGUCGAGCUCGACAAGACCAACACCUUGCGCAUGUUUCGUGAGGCAAAGGAGCUGACUGGAUACUGGAAGGAGGAUCCACGCUACCCGAAAUCGUUCUACUUCGUCCGCACCGAGGAGAAGGAGGAGUGAAGAGAGGCAUGUUCUUGCGCCCGAAAAUCGGUUGCCUGGAGCUUAUCAUCAAGUCUUGGGCACGUUGCAGAAGCGAUUGGAGAGCGGCACGAUGUGGCCACGUUUGGGAAGGGUACUUGGAGCUGCACGAUUGUGAACAGCAGCUUGAGUAAUGCUGCGAAUCACAUGGUCUGAGCAUGCGGCACACGAGAUGCUGCUACGGCAAAGUAUGAUGA